AUGUCUUCCCCUAAACCUGAGGCUGUCCUCAGGGAGCCUGAGCCUAAGCCUGAGCUGGAGUCCUCACACUGCAAGAAGAAAGAGAAGAAAAGAAAGUGGCUGCAGCAAGAGGCCAGCAUCCAAGCCCUCACCAGGGCUGGCCACAGGGCCCUGCAGGCUGGCCAGAACCAUGAUGCUUUGAGCAGCUUCCAGAAGGCCUUCCUGCUGGCCUCCAAGUCCCCACGAACCAGGGACAUUCCUGUGCUUCGAGCCUGUGCCUUCAACCUGGGGGCUGCCUAUGUAGAGACUGGGCACCCAGCCAGAGGCCUUGAGCUGCUUCUGCAAGCCCAUCCUGAAGAGAAGGCACAGGGGAGGUGUCAUGGUGACCAGUGUUUCAAUGUGGCUUUAGCCUAUCAUGCCCUUGAGGACCUACCUCAAGCUUUGAACUGGUACCACAGAGCCCUGGGCCAUUACCAGCCACAGGGUGACCAGGGGGAAGCUCAGGCAAAAAUGGGAGCCUGCUACCAGGCCCUAGGACAGCCUGAGCAAGCAGCCCGCUGCCUGCAGGAAGCAAGCCAAGCCUAUGCCCAAGCAGGCCGGCCCAAGGCUGCAGCCCUGGCCCUCGGUGCUGCAGCAGGGUGUAUGCUGAAGAGUGGGCAGCAUGGGGUGGGUGAGGUGGUACAGGCGCUGGAGGAAAGCCGGAGGCUUGCUGAGAGGAGCGCUGAGAGGGGACUGCUUGGGCCACUCUAUAAUGAUCUAGGUCUGGGUUACUCCCAGCUCCAGCUGUUCCCUCUGGCAGUGGAGGCCUUCCUGCAGGCCCUGCCCCUGUGCCAGAAACCAAGAGAGCAGGCUACAGUGCUGAGAAACCUUGGGAUGGCUCACAACGCCCUUGGCAACUACCAGGAAGCCCGGGAUUUUCACCAGAAGGCGGCAGAGCUGCAUGGCUCUGUGGGGCAACGGUGGGAACAGGGUCGGAGUUUUGGCAGCCUGGCAUUCGCACUGAGCCAGUUGGGGGACCAUAAUGCUGCCAGAGACAACUACCUGCAUGCACUGCAAGCUGCCCGAGACACUGGAGACGUGAAGGGACAGUGGCAGGCCUAUGAGGGUCUUGGGGCUGCUGCAGCCAGACUGGGGCAUUAUGACCAGGCCUUGAAGUACUUUAAAGAAGCACUGGCCCAGUGUCAGAAAGAGCCAGAUUCUGUGCGAGAGCGGCGUGCCAAGCUGGCAGAUGCCAUGAGGACCCACUUAGCCCAGGUGGGGCUAAUCCAGGAUCACACACAGACCCCAGCUAGAAGACUCCAGGCUCCAGGCUUGGCCUGCCAGGCAUCAGGGACCUCAGCCAGGGUGCAAAGCAGCACAGCAGAUGCCCAGUGCAGAACUUCUGGCAGGUGGGAAGAUAAAGAUUUUGAGGAAAGCCACAAAGAGAAAGAGAAGGAAGAGUCGGUGAAAGUUCCCACAAUGUCUGGGCAUCAGAGACUGGAAUGUUCAGGACCCAGGCCCCAUUUUCCAUUUGGAGGUCCAGGCCUCCCAACAGUAGAAUACUCUGACAUCCUGAUACCCAAUGGUCCCCAAGCCAAUAGGUCCUCCAAAUGGCCCAGGGAAACCCUCAGCAGGAACCCCCAGACGAAACUCACCCAAUCUGCCUUCUGCACAAUUGUGUGA